GUUCAGCUGUAUAGAGAAAUGCUCACAGCCAAAUUGAAACAAGUGCCAACUCUUAAUUUCCGCCGUGCUGUCAAGUAGCGUUUAGUAAUAGCGUAAAUACUGGUAAUAAAAGUUCUAAAAAAUACUAGUGUCCACAAACUGGUGGUACGAUAAUGUCUGGUUACGCGGGGCCAGAUGAUUACUGGGCACAGCCACCACAAGGACAAUACAACUUUGAUACAUCAGGUGGAUUUGCUCAACCUAACCAGCAAUUUGAGUUCCAGUCGUACCCGGAACAACAAGGCGGAGAUUAUUCCAGUUUUAAUCAAAAACCAUAUUUAGACCCCACACAAAACAUUUACGGCAAUGAUCUUUAUGGACAAGAUGAUUUUACGAAAGGGACCACAGGAUUCGAAGAAGAAGAUGAACCACCGCUUUUAGAAGAACUUGGCAUAGAUCCAGACCGCAUAAUGCAGAAAACUCUUGCUGUCUUGAAUCCAUUUCAUAGACGAGGACAAACAGACGAUGCUAAUUACCUGCUCCAAGAUUCAGAUCUUGCUGGUCCAGUUGCAUUUUGCUUGGUUCUCGCAGGAUUUUUACUACUUGCUGGAUCGAAGGCUCACUUUGGUUAUGUCUAUGGACUUGCAGUAACAUCGUGCAUCAUGAUGUAUAUUCUACAGUCACUGAUGAGCAGCACUGGAAACAUAACAUUAUCUUCUGUGGCCUCGGUUUUGGGAUAUUGUAUACUACCUGUAGUUGCUCUUGCAGGCGUGAGCAUCUUCACAUCAUUGAGAGGUCCUGCUGGAAUGGCUUUGGCUGUAUUAGCUGUUGCAUGGGCCACCUUAUCUGCAUCCCGACUUUUUGCAGCCAUGUCAUGCGAAGAUAAACAGCGUCCUUUGAUAGCCUACCCUUGCGUACUUCUUUACGGAGUAUUCACCUUGAUAGUUAUUUUUUAAAUGAACGAAAAUCAAAGAUCUAUCGGCCGAUUAGAGUUCGAAUCGAUAAUCCAACUAUGCUCAUGUGAACCGUCGAUGCUGAACAAUAGAACAUCAUCAAGAAUUAACAACGUUUAGAUACCUUGAAGUGUGGUUCGAUGUGUGAUGACUGGAUUACAUGCUUAAUCAUUCAUUUUUACUGUACAUAUAAUGAUCGCAAUAAUAAUAAUUAUAAUUCUUUGCCCGAAUGAAAAUAUUAGGCGCCGUAUGUACAUACGUAGAUGCAGAAUUUAUGCCGCGUAUUUGACAUGACAAUGAAUAAAUCCUUGAUACGAUCGAUGCUAUCACUGAAUUCUCAGUCUUCUUUUGGUCUUCGGUAGUGCAACUUGGUGGGAAUGUUAGCUGGAGUGUACAGAUUGUAAUAUUUGUAGUAAAUCUUAUAAAAUAUUUGUAUGAAAUAUACCCGUUCAAUCGAUCAACUGUAACUAAUAAAAUAUUGAGAUAAA